AUGGCGGAACAGAGUAAAGUGAAGGACCUCACGCUCAGCGCCUUUGGGCGCAAAGAGAUCGAGUUGGCGGAAGGCGAGAUGCCGGGUCUCAUGGCGUUGCGAGAGGAAUUUGGAGCCUCUCAGCCACUGAAGGGCGCGAAAAUCAGCGGGUCUCUCCACAUGACCGUUCAGACCGCAGUUUUGAUCGAAACGCUGAAGGCCCUCGGCGCCGAGCUCCGCUGGUGCUCCUGCAAUAUCUUCUCGACGCAAGACCACGCAGCCGCUGCAAUUGUCAAGAGCAACUCCGCCUCCGUUUUCGCCUGGAAGGGUGAGACCCUCGAGGAGUACUGGUGGUGCACUGUGAUGGCUCUUACGUGGCCCGACGCGGCGGGCCCCGAUUUGCUCGUGGACGACGGCGGCGACGCGACGCUGCUGAUCCACGAGGGGGUGAAGGCCGAGAAGGAGUUUGCGCGGUCCGGCGCGCUCCCAGAUCCCGCGUCCACCGACAACGCGGAGAUGAAAGUGGUGUUCAAGCUCUUGGCCGACGGCAUCCAGAAGGAGCCGCAAAAGUGGACGCGCCUGGCGGCGAACCUGAAGGGUGUAUCUGAGGAGACCACCACGGGGGUUCACCGCCUGCUGCUCAUGGCGAAGAAGAAGGAACUGCUCUUCCCUGCGAUCAACGUGAACGACUGCGUGACCAAGAGCAAGUUCGACAAUGUGUACGGCUGCAGGCACUCGCUGCCGGACGGAAUCAUGCGCGCGACUGACGUGAUGCUCGGUGGAAAGCGCGUGGUGAUUUGCGGCUUCGGAGACGUUGGUAAAGGCUGCGCGGCCGCGAUGAAGGGCGCUGGAGCGCGCGUCGUCGUGACGGAAGUCGACCCAAUCUGCGCGCUGCAGGCCGCGAUGGAGGGCUACAGCGUCGUCACGCUCGAGAGCCAGCUAGCCGUCGGCGACAUCUUCAUUUCCGCGACCGGAAACAAGGACAUCAUCACGGCGAAGCACAUGAGUCAGAUGAAGAACAACGCGAUCGUCGGCAACAUUGGUCACUUUGACAACGAAGUCGACAUGGCCGGCCUGACGAGCUGGCCGGGAAUCAAAAAGAUCAACAUAAAGCCGCAAGUCGACCGGUUCGUCUUCCCCGAAGACGAUCACGGCGUCAUCGUGCUCGCCGAGGGCCGCCUCCUGAACCUCGGCUGCGCGACGGGUCACCCCUCCUUCGUCAUGUCGUGCUCCUUCACGAACCAAACGCUCGCGCAGAUCGAUUUGUGGGACAACGUGGCCACGAAGAGGUACCAGAACGACGUCUACCUUCUCCCCAAGGAACUGGACGAAAAAGUCGCGCGCCUCCACCUCCGCUCUCUCGGCUGCGAACUCACCACGCUGUCCCAGGAACAAGCUGCGUACAUUGGAAUCAAACCGGAGGGCCCUUACAAAUCCGCCUCGUAUCGCUACUAA